GUAUCAAUGUCAGACUUCGACGAGCACAACCCUUUCCAGACUGACGUGGACGAUGUGCGGUCUGAAAGAGAUUCACCGAAUAACAGCAACGUCGACCUCAGCUCUGAACCUUCGACACCCCCGGCACAUCCUGCACGUAUUCCCGCGUCUCCACCCGUGUCUGCUGGUAAUUCAUUCAGGGCGCCACAGCACGCGUACAAGGAUGACUUCUGCUGCGCGCGGGAUAGAUGGCUACAUUCCGGCGAAGACGUAGAGAUACAGGUUAUUGACGCCCAAAAGACGCAGGACCAUGCUUCGUCUCCAUACAUCGCAUACGUUAUUAAGUCCGGAAAUGCAACUGCAUAUCACCGUUAUUCCGAAUUCGAAUCCUUUCGGAAUAGCAUGGUAAAGUUAUAUCCGACAUUGAUCAUACCGCCCAUACCAUCCAAACAGACAAUUGGGGAUUAUGCCGUGAAACAGGGUAAGGCGAAAGAAGACGUAGCUAUGAUUGCACGACGGAAGCGGAUGCUUCAAACAUUCCUUAAUCGAAUCGCGCGACAUCCUAUUCUAUCAAAUGAGCACGUAUUCCAUCGCUUCCUAGAAGGCGAGGUCUCGUGGACCGAAAUAGUAAACUCUCCUCCGGUUUCUCUAUUACCAAAGAAUAUUCUUAAGGCACCAGCACACAAUCCAACAGACCCUCAGGCGUCUCCGGCUUACGCGGCGCUUCCGAGUCCCUCUGCCGCGCAUCCCUUACGUAGACCUGACCAACGCUUCCUUGAUUCAGAGGCAUUCACAAACAAAUUUGCAAGCCAUGUGAGCGGUCCCAUGGAGAAGGUAACCCGCAGAACAAUGAAGCGAUGGUCCGAAUAUGCGCACGAUCAUUCGGACUUGGGAGCCGUCUUGAACGGAUUCAGUUUGAAUGAAGAAGGCCAACUAGCAGCUGCUAUCGAAAAGACGGGACAAGCAAUUGACGCUACAUAUAUUUCUACAACUCAGCUACUUCAGGAUCUUGAGCAAAACUUUGCUGAGCCAUUGCAUGAAUACGCACAGUUCGCUUCAAUAAUCAAAAAGCUCCUUAUGUUUCGGCAUCAGAAACAUGCACAGCUUGAGCUCACAACGGACGCUCUUGAGUCUAAGCGAGCUGGUCUUGAGGACCUUGAACGUACUGAACGAGAAGCAAGCCGGCUUGAAGAAGCUCUCGGCCGAGGACGUCCCUCUAAUUCCCUUGGUCGUAGCGUCAACGCGAAUGGCGCCGCGGGACAUUCGGAUAGCAACAAUGGUGACUCUGAAAACGGUGAAGGUAGUCGAGCACAUUCCCCAAAUUCUCUCGAAAGUCCCGGCGAAUAUGCAGUACCCGAGGCGGUAUACACCCCUCCGCACCCUAUUGCUGGCACACCACCGCGGAGGAGUGGGUCUGGAAUGGGACUUUUGAACGCCCUUAGCUACACAAUUCAUGGGAUGAUGGAUGUGGACCCCGAAACUGCACGAAGGAAUGGAAUAAGCAAAACUCGAGAGUCAAUUUCGCAGCUCGAAGAUGCUCUGCAUUUGACAGCACAAGACGUCAAAUACUCCAGUUCAACUAUUCAAGCCGACCUUGACCGAUUCCAGCGCCAAAAAGUCGCCGAUAUUCGUGAGUUGUGCCUAGCCAUGGCGAGGAGUCAUCGGGACUGGUGCAAGAAGAAUAUGGAAGCUUGGGAAGAGGCAAAGAAGGAAAUUGCACUCAUUCCUGACCAUCCAAACCGAAUUCCAGAGGGUGUAGCGGAUGAAGGUGCUAAUGGUAAAGCAGGGCCGUCUGGCCCGUCUGGGAGGAGACUUUCUUCGGCCCGUGGUCUUUAGCCUUGCACUAUUUUAUUCUAUUCUCUGGACCUGUUUCGGCUGUUUUUGGCAUUACUACUUUGUGCCACAACGGCCACUGUUACGUACAAUUGCUUCUCCAAACCUUGUCGGUCCCUUUGCAAGUCCGUCUUCUUUUUCCAGUCCAUUAUCAUCACCUUCGGCGACUAUAAUAGCUGUAGCAUUACCUCUCCUGCUUUUUCCCUUUGUCCAAUUUAUUCGUCAU